AUGGCGUCGACCAUCCUCGGCAUAGGUAGCGGCAAAUCCAGACGCAACACCACGCAGCUACCGGCCAUGAUCAACAACAUGCUUAACACGGGCUCUUGCCCUGGUCGUAGGCAAUGGCGAGACUCGAUGGGUCAGAUUCAUGAUCAGGAUCUAAGCAUGCUGUUUGUGUGCCUAUGCCUGCAUAUUCUCGAAGGAACGAUAAAACCUUCUGGUGAACAGGUUAUUUACUUCACUGAAACCGGUCUAUUUACUCACAAAGAAUACUCUCAAUAUUUGGCCAACCCCAGUCACAAGCUGGGCUAUCUCCUAUCGCCCACAAUCACAGAGGCGACUCUCGACGAGGUAGCCAAGGGAUUUACCAACGGCAACCGUCUGACUGCAGAGCUCUCGUACGGUGCAAACGCUUUGACGAAGUCGGAACUGGGCCGUAUCCUUGGUUGGGUGCCAAGUACUUGGACGACGCUUGGGAAGUCUCAUUCGAGGUUGAGCUUCAAAGCUUUGUGA